AUGGCGACCGAAUUUGGGGACCUCUCAGAGUCGGCGGGGGAAGAAGAGAUGGGAGCAGUCACAUUCGAAGACGACUUUCUGGAAAGUUUGAAAUCGCUCUCCGAUGUCUACUCUGCCCAGCAGCGGAACUGCUACAUGCUCGGCGAGGUCGGGGACCUCCCUCCGCCUCCUUCGGACACAAAGCGGACUGUUUUCCUUGACAUCGAUGAGACUCUGGUUCACGUCACUCCCUACCCCCUUCCUUUUGUCAAACCCGACGCAACCUUUCUUCUCCAAGAAACACGCCGUUCUUCCUUCGUGUCCUCAUCCGCCUCUCCCUCUUCUUCCUCUACCUCCUCUUCUCCCUCUUCUUCCUCUACCUCCUCUUCUCCUUCUUCUUCCUCUCCCUCCUCUUCUCCCUCUUCUUCCUCUCCCUCCUCUUCUCCCUCUUCUUCCUCUUCUUCCUCUCCCUCUUCUCCCUCUCCUUCUUCUUCCUCUCCCUCUCCCUCUCCCUCUUCUUCUUCAGCCCCUCUCACUCUGUCUCCCGUGUAUCUUCCAGGAGCUUCUGCAGGUCCGGCGCCGCGUGCCGCGCUUCUGCAUGUGUAUUAUCGUCCGUUCUUGUUUCCCUUCUUGGAGAGUCUGCUCAAGACGAAGGAGUGCGAGCUCGUGGCCUUCACGGCCGCGCUGCGCGAAUACGCAGACCCCAUCUUGGACGGAAUUGAAAUGAAGCUGGGCGGCGCGCGGGGGAGCAUCUUCGCGGGCCGACUGUACAGACAGCACUGCGCGCGGGCUCCGCGGGCGCCGCUCGUGUCCUCGGCGCUCUUCGAGGAGACACCCGACGAGAUCAACUCGACGGAUGACGGCGAGGAGACAGCCGAGAGUCGUGGGGAGCUCGAGGGCGGGCUGGUAGAGGAGAGGAAAUCUGCGGAGGGCGGGCUGGAAGAGGAGAGGAAAUCUGCGGAGGCGAGUAAGGGCGGCAAGCGGAAGCAGUGUGACCCCGAGACGAGGGACAGGAAGAGGAAGGCGACGACGCAGGAGUUGGGGGAAGACGACAGUGGAAAGACAGCGGACGCGCACGCGGCGCUGUCGGAGGAGCGUCCGGGGGAAGGGGCAGAGGGGAAGGUGGGCGGCGUCGCCUUAGACGGCGAUCGGAGCGCAGGAGGCAGCUCAGGAGGAGAGACCGCGGACGUUUCUGUGUCGAGAGAAGCCGAGCCGAGAGAAGAGGAGGUGGAGACGGCGACUUCUGCUCCCGCGCUGUCUCCCACGUCGUUCGAUUUGCGUGGAGCUUUGGGGAACGCCGAGCGAGACGAGGACGACUUGUUCAAUCAGCAGCUAGUGGAAGCCGAGGAAUUUCUGUACGUGAAAGACUUGGUGCAUGCGGCUCCAGCCCGGUGUCUGUCGCGUUCGGUGUUGCUGGACAAUUCCAUAGUCUCGUUGGCCGCGCAGCUGGCCAACGGCUUGUUGCUUCGCCCCUUUUACGGAGACCCUCAGGACCGGGAGCUCGAAGGCGUUCUCGCGUUCCUCCUGGACCUUUUGGAGAAGAAAGGCGACAUUCGCGAAAGCAUGAAGGAGUCGGGAAUGCUGCACAAAGUUACGCAAAUGCUGCUCCUUCUGCCGGAACUGCGAGACACGCUGGCCCUCUCCGAGCCGCUCAAGGCCGAGCUGAGCACCUAUCUGGGCGAGGGCGAGGCCGAUCAGAGAGAAGACGAGGACAGCGAGCGCGAGGCUGAUCAGAGAGAGGACGAAGACAGCGAACACGAGGGCGAGGCCGAUCAGAGAGAACACGAAGACAGCGAACACGAGGGCGAGGCCGAUCAGAGAGAAGACGAAGACAGCGAACACGAGGGCGAGGCCGAUCAGAGAGAAGACGAAGACAGCGAACACGGCUCACCGGAGGAGAAACGUGUGGAGCCCGGGAAGAAGCGACGGGGCGGAAGGCGGCGCACAGGGCGAAAGGAGUCGGAGGGCCGACGAGGAGGGAAAGGGGACCGAGCCAAGGGAGAAAAGAGAGCAAAGGGAGAGGACGAGGCAAGUAGGGCGCGACCGACGGAGGCAGAAAGACCCGACGCGACGCAUCAAGGAGAGAUCAGCGAGGGCCUGCAGGAAGGCCAGUGCCCGUUGUCGGAGCACCAGUGUCCGUCUCCGAGUGACUCUGCGCUUGAGUCUCCAGCGUCGCUUCCAGCGCCGCUCGAGCUUGAUCCGCUUCUCGGCGGGCUCGCGCCUUUUCCGCUGCUUUCGAAGCGAAACGAAGACGAGUCUUGUCGCUCGACCGAGCCGCCGUCGACGCAGCUGGCUCUCGAAAGCCCCGCGAGUCUCUCUUCGCCUCCGUCGCUUCCUCCGUCUUUCCUCCUGUCUUCGCCAGCCUCCCCAGGGUCUCCGUCUCUCUUGUGCCGCUCGGGCCUCACGAGUGAGCCUCGAGAGAGCCAUCUCGGCCUCGACGGCGCAGGCAAUUGUUCUCCCGCGCCCGAGAGCGGGUGCGAGCGGAACCCGCCGCAGGGCGCGGACGCCUCCGCGGCCGAGUCUGCAGUCUCGGAAAGCGAAGCGACGGGAGAAUGCACGCAGAGGCGUCUGUGUGAGGGCGAAGCCGGAGAGGCGGGGGUAGGCGGGCACUGUUCGCUUGCCUCGAAGCGUCGUCUCGACUCAGCCGCAGAAGACGACACGGAACUCGCAGCUGAAGGCUUCAAUCCAAUUGCGAGCGGUUGCCCCGCCCCCCGCCUGCCUGUGUUGCUUGCUUCCUCUGUGCCCGCCGGAGGUGUCGAGGACCACGCCUGCAGAGACCAGGCGGAAGACGUUCCGCGUAGCGGCGAGGACACCGCCGGUGCGCGGCAGGACCGGAAGCCCCCGUUCCACCGGUCGUUGGAGGACGACAGCUGCAAGCGCAUGCACGUCUUCGAAGGAGCGAUAGCGGACGCCAUGUCUCUCGCGGCGCCGCCCCACCUCCAGGCCUGCGCCGUCCGUGCAGCGGAGCAUGAGUUCUUUCCCGCGUCUCAGUCGUCUCUCUCCGAUAGCCACGCCCCGUCCUACGAGUCUCUCCAGAUUUGGCCAAGUAUCGAGCAGGAGACGAGCGUCUCGCGACCGCGAACCUCCAUGGAAGAGACAGUCCCUCCUGUUCUCUCUGUCGCGUGUUCCUACGUGGCUGGCGUCAGCGCGGCGUCUGGCGAGGCGCAUGGAGUACCUCGAAGACCACGUGCGUUGCCACCUUCUCUCGUCUCGCCUGCGUCCAUUUUGCAUGGCGACCCUCACGCGUCCUCGCUUCCUCGGCCUCCUAGCGACCUUUCAGCAGGACCCGAUUUCUGCGGCGCUGUGUCCUUCCACGCAGACGAACGCGAGAAGGGACAGCCUGACCGCCCGAACCUUCCGCCGCUGGUCAUGCCUUCUGCGCCGACGUCUCCUUCGCACCUCGCUUCCUCGUCCGCCCCCGUGCCGUUCUCCCUUCCCGUCCCUCCGCCCUCGUCUCCCUUGUCUCCGACGUCUUCGCUCCCGCGUCCAGAGCGCUUCCGGGCGGCGAGGCAGUUCACCUUUCACCUGCACGAACCCGCGCGCCGGGGCUCGCGGCCUCGCCAGCACCGCAGAAGUGCCGCGCUGCUCAGAGGCAGUGGCGCGGAGGCUUCAGAUCUUGCGUGUGGCGCCGGAGCGGCCUUCCCGCAGUCUGGCGAGCUCGAUGGUCAGUUCCCGAAUCCUGCGCUGCCUCCGCCGGCUUUGGCGGGCGGCGUGGCGCUGGCCGAGGCGCGCGCGCGAGCGGCGGAGGGCCGGAAGCGGGAGUCUGAAGGCGUGGGAUGCGUCGAAGGCUCCGACGGCUGCCGAGACCUGGAAGAGAGAAGCGAAAGAAGAGCCGGCGCCGGCGCCCCAGCGAGCGCAAGCAGGCAACCUGCGACGCGAACGGGGCGCCCGGCUGAGAACGGCUCUUCUGGGGAUCACUCUCCUCGCCACUCCGCUCCUUCGGCUUCGGCGCCGUCGGCUACGCUGCGACAACCGCGUUUGGCCUCUCAGGCGCGUCCUCCGCAAGUCAACGGCAGGGCGUUGAAUGAAGCGCAAGGCAAAGCGCCGAGGCGCUCGCCCGAACGUUUGUGCCGGGCGCCGUCUCCUGCCUCUCUCGUUCGCGCUAAGCAAGCACCUGGCGGCGCCCAGAAGGGACCCGGGAAAGCCGAGCGCGAGAGCGCGACCCAAAGGAACAGAGACGCCGCGAAGGCCAGCGGGGCGAAGAAGGCCGAGAUGGCUGAGGAGCCUGCUCAAAGCAAGCGAGCGGGCUACGCGCCGACCGCAGGCGUUCCCCCGGGGAACCAGACGCCGGCGCGCCAGAGACUGCAUGCGGCUCGAGCAACCUCUUUGCCCGCUAAAGGCCUUCAAGUCUCGACCUAUGUGCGAAACGACGGCCGCCACACCAACGCAGAGGCAAGGGUGACCCCGUCCCAAGGAGAGAUGAAGAAACGGAUCACGCCCGCAACGUGGCGAGAAGAGCGCGCGCAGCUGCGAGGGCGUGAGGAUUUCCGAACGCCGAAGGUGUCCCCGGUCGAGGGCCCGCGGCCUCGCUCGGUGGCGCCGUCUGCUGUCGCGGCUUCAAAGACCACGCGCUGUCUCCCUUCUUGCUGCGGGGCGGCUGCCGCUUCUCCGAGUCCUGCGUCAUCUCUUUCGACCGGUAGACGCCGAGAGAAAGGCUCCGGGCAACCGGGCGAAGCCGCGCGCGCUCCGCCGCGUGCCCGAGGCUGGUGCGAGCAGCUGACUGUUUCUCUGGGGUGUCGGGAGGCCACGAUCGACAGCGGCGACUCGACCCCUGCGCAGCUAACGAGUGCGCUCCCCGUCCCUUUUCCGGCGGUCUCCGCUACACAACUCAGGGUUCCAUCUGCGCAGCCGUACGUCCGCGUGCCUCGUCCCGCGUCACCGGCCGCAAUGCCGCCUCCACCGGUCGCUGGCGGAGCUCAUGUUCCUUUUGCGUAUGGUGUGCGGUCGAAAAGUUCCCGACCGGAGACCGAGCCCUCGCUGUCGCCCUCAGGUUCUCAAGUCGUGCUUCGCUACUACGGAGACGUCGCUUACGCUGCCCAAGUGUUGUCUCAGAGCCACACAUCGGUCUCCGUUCCAGCGGAUCCGCGUGGUCCUUCCUGCGACACCGCCGACAGGAGCCUCAGGGCGGCCGCGGAGGCGCAACUCGACCGCAGCGCCUCCUCGGCGUCUCAUGCAGGGGUGAGCGACGCGGGGAGCCAGGGGGAAGCCCUGUUGUGGCAUAACGAAGGCGACGAGAGACAGAGGAGCGAGCGGAGCAGUCUGCGGUCAGCAGAACGCGAAGAAGAGGACGGCGAAACGCGAGAGGUUGAGGUUUACUUCGCGCCGCAGUUCUCUGCGUCUCCGCCUCCCUCGGCGGCGACCGCCCCGGCAGCACGGCCCGGAAACGCGAGCGACAAAAAAUCGGAGACAGAGACGAAGGCCAACGAGGGCGAAGGGACAGAGGAACCGUCUUUGUCUUCCAAGUUCCGGAACUACGUGUCUGUGCUCCCGCGCGUUGCCGGCGUCUCUGCCAGUGUCUCUGUCAACGCAGCCGUUCAAAGACCAAACGGUCCACAGAACAGUCCUGGCGGCUCGGUCGGGUCUCCGUCGCCCUCUCCGGCUCUCGCGCGUUCUUCCUCGUCGCUUCCUGUACAGGCCGGGGCCUCUGCAUGCGCCUCUCCGUUGUCUCCACGCUUCGUGCAACCUGUGUUGUUUGUAGGAGCCCCGACCGGGUCUCCCACGUUGGGGUCGCCUCUUGCCGUGCCUGGAGCCGGCGCGCUGGAGCCCCGCUUUUCUUCGCGCGCGUUCGUGUCGUCUCCGCCGUCUCCGAAGUCUCGCAAGUCUCCGGCUCUCGUGGCGCCGUCCUCGACGCUGAUGUUCUACUGCCCCGUUGCCCCGCAGUCACAGAUGCAAGCGGAGGUCGCGCCGUCCCCGUCGUGCUCAGGUUUCGCUCCGGCUUUAACCGGCGCGAGUGACGGGUCGUCCCGGCCCCCGUCGCCUCGGAGUCCCCCUGACAGCAACGCUGCAUGCGCCUCUCCAGGGGCCGCCUCUCGUGAUCUCGCUGUCUCUCGACGGGGUCGGCCGAUGCUAGUCAGUCCCGAGGCCGCUUCUGCUGGCGCCGCGACAAUUCCUUGUGCGGUAGCGACUCUCCCUGGUCUCGUCGCGUCGACUUCCCUGUCGCGACCAAUCACCCCCUCACCUCCCCCUUCUUCUCUUUCGCCUCCGCUGUCGCCUGUGGCAGGCGCCGCCCCUUCCGAUGCGCUCGUGUAUGUGUCGCCGUACCCGGGCCCGCCUUCGGCUUCGCAGGCCGUCCCCGGUGCGCCGUCGCGUGGCGCCGUGCCGCCCAUUCGUCUGUACAAGCGCAAGGAUCCGUGGUCUCCGCGCGGAGAGCCUGCCGGCACGGCGAUUCCGUCCAGUCCCGUGCCACGGCUGCCUCUCAACGGGGUUCACGCCGGGGCGAGAGGCCGGAGCCUGGAGGGAGGGGCGCGAAGAGACGGGACGGGCGUUUGGAGACAGCUGACGCCGCGGGGAUCGCGCGUCUGGGUCCCCGCGGAGACAGCCGCGCCGACGUUUUCCAGCAAACCCGCGAGUCUGAAAGCCUCAGGUGAAGAAGGCGUCCAGGCGUCGUGGUUCUGCGGAACGCCUCGCCAGGAAGCGUUGUGGGGAGGCAGAACCGAGAGCAGCGCGGGGCACUAA